AUGGGUGCCCGGGCAUCUGCCGCAGUCCCCGCGACGCCUGCUUCGGAGUGGGCUUCCUACGUGGCCGCCUCUGGCAUCGUGGAUCCCCGCAGUGACGAGGCGGCGAUUCAUUUCGUAGCCGAUGCUCUCCAUGGCACGCCUUUGCCAGCACCGUGGGUCAUCUCGAAGAACGACGAACAGGGCCAGCGCUCUUUCAUUAACGUGCGCACUGGGGAGUCCACCUGGAGGCAUCCGCUGGAGGAUCCCGCGAAGGCUUUGGCGGAUAUUUUCAAUGCGUCUGCUUUGUUAUCGCAAGAGCACCGCGAUGCAAUGCUGUGCGAAAUCCAUCAGAAUUGGGCAACCGAGGCAAAACUGGCGUACCGCAAGUGGCGUCCUGUGAGGAUGGAUGACGGUGGCGUGUAUCAUUUCAACACGACGACGCACGAGACCAUGUGGGAGCAUCCAGCAGAGGUCGUCAUGCCAGGUCACUACAUGCGGGUCAGGGCCAUCGAGAGGCUUCGCAGCAAGAGCUAUCUGGACAGGCUUCACAGCAGAGCAUGCAUCGCGUACCCCGACUGCAGCCUGGAGCGCGGGACGGACGAUGUCGAGUUCGAGCCUGCAGAAUGGAGGCUUACUCUGGAUCCUCAUGAAGCGCACUGGGUCGACUGCGCGUGA